AUGCGUGCCUUCUCAUCUCUCCUCGCCCUCGGCAGCUUCGCCUGUCAGGCCGUCUUUGGUCAUCCAGCAGAGUUGUCAAAGAGAGUGAAUGUCGAUACGUGGCUCAGCACGGAGCUACCCAUUGCUCGGGCCCAGCUCCUGUGCAACAUUGGGCCCAAUGGCUGUCACUCGUCCGGCGUGAGCUCUGGGCUCGUUAUUGCCUCUCCAAGCACGGCAGACCCGGACUAUUACUACCAUUGGACUAGAGAUGCAGCACUCGUGUUCAAAGCAAUCAUUGAUCUGUUUCUUGAGGAGUAUGAUGCAGAUCUCCAGACGAACAUCCAAAAUUAUAUCGUCGGCCAGGCUAAACUACAGGGCGUGAGCAAUCCGUCUGGAUCUCUUUCUGAUGGAUCUGGACUUGGAGAGCCGAAGUUCCUGGUCAAUAUGGGAGCUUUCACUGGUUACAUUAUCUCCAACAUCAACGGUGGUAGCAACCGCAAUGGAAAGGACGCCAACUCAAUUUUGACAUCCAUCCAUAAUUUUGAUGCCAGCCUGGGAUGCGAUGCCAAUACCUUCCAACCUUGCAGCGACAGGGCCUUGUCUAAUCAUAAGGUCGUUACUGACUCUUUCCGCUCGAUCUACUCAAUCAAUAGCGGAAUCGCUCAGGGUUCUGCUGUCGCAGUUGGCCGUUACCCCGAAGACAGCUACUACAACGGCAACCCGUGGUAUCUGAACACCUUUGCUGCGGCAGAGCAACUAUAUGAUGCCUUGUACGUGUGGAAGAGCCAGGGGUCUAUCACCGUUACCUCGACUUCACUUGCGUUCUUCCGAGACUUCGUGUCAUCUAUCAACACAGGCACAUAUGCUUCCGGCUCAACCACCUAUAACUCUAUCAUCAGUGCGGUUACCACCUAUGCAGAUGGAUAUAUCAACAUCGGUGCCACUUAUGCCCAAUCCAAUGGCUCCCUGGCAGAGCAAUUCUCCAAGUCCGAUGGCUCGCCUUUGUCGGCUAGGGACCUCACAUGGAGUUAUGCCUCAAUCUUAUCGGCGGCUCAGCGACGUCGCUCUGUCGUUCCGGCCGCUUGGGCCAAUUCUGCCGCUAUCUCAGUUCCUAGCAAUUGCUAUGCAACUUCUAUCCAAGGAUCAUACACCUCCGCGACUGCUACAAGCUUCCCCGCCAGCCAAACUCCGACCACUGGCGUUCCCACCGGCACCGUUAGCUCCUCGACAACCCGGGCAACUGGAUCUUCAUCAACAUCUAGCACGACGUCUACCGCAUGUGCCGCGGCGACUUCAGUCGCAGUGACCUUCAACGAGCUCGUUACGACACAGUAUGGCCAGACUAUCAAGAUCGUCGGCGAUAUCGCCGCACUCGGCGGCUGGGAUACAAGCAAAGCUAUCGCGCUCUCAGCCGACCAAUAUACAUCUUCGAACCCGCUAUGGAGAGUUACUAUCAACCUUACGGCGGGUCAAGUCAUCCAGUACAAGUAUAUCAAUGUCGCCAGCAGCGGCGCCGUGACCUGGGAGAAUGACCCCAAUCACACCUAUACGGUUCCUGCGAGCUGUGCCACUGCUGUGACUAACUCUGAUUCUUGGCAGUCCUAA